GUAUCACGCGGUGUGUGCUCGUAUUUUGAAAAUGGAGGCUGAGCCCGAGACGGAAUUCACGUACGAGAUAGCCGAGGAUGUCGGCGAUGGCCAAGCAGUCGAGCUCACGGACGGAGGCGCUGGCGGUGCUGGAGAGGACGAAGGCGAAUACAUUGAAGUGCAAGCGGAUGAACACGGUAAUCUGAUUCGAGAUGAGGAUGGUAACCUGAUUCAGUAUGUGCCCAUCGACAGCGGAAAUGACACAACCAGUCAUCAUGAAGAUCCAACACAACAUCAUGAGGUUCACGAGGUGCAUGAGGUGGACGAAACAGAGGACCAUAGUGACCACACAGUACAUGCGGUUGGCCCAGGCCAACGGGUACAGCAGAUCGUCGACGAGAACGGACAGGUACACCAUGUGCUUGUGCAGGAUGACGUUGACCCUGACACAGAAGGUACCGGUCUCGUUGAAGCUACAGGUGCGGUUAUGGAGGGCGCUGAGGAUGAAGAGGCAAUAGUGGUCGAAGGCGAUGGAGGAGUCGUUGAGGGCGAAGAACUCGACGGGCAACUAAUAGAGGGUGAGGAUGGACAGGUUGUACUCAUGGAACACAGUGACGGAGCCGUUCUUCUUCAACAACAUGAAGAUGCAGACGCCGAAGUGGAGGAGGUGGACGCUACUGUCGGAGGAAUAACCAGGACGGCGUCACAUACUGGUCCACAAAUGGUAUACGUUGUACAGACGGGGGGAGCAGUAGGACAGUCGGGUGAACAGAUCCACCAUAUUCAAGCUCGGCAACCUCCUCAACAAGUUCAGCAUCAUCACCAUAUUCAGCAAGUGCAGGUACAGCCGCAGCAGGUUCAAGUUUCUCAAGGAUCUGUCAGUCUCGGACAGCAGUCAUCAAAGUCAAAGAUUGUUUGGAUUACGAAGCCUGGCGGACAGGGUAACCAGCAGUUAGUCACUAGCCAGGCCGCUCCAGCUGUGCAGGCAACGCAUACCGUUCAAGCUACACAGCCUCCGCGGCUGAUCCAGAUCGGCGGUCAAACGUUGCUUGUCCAGUCACCCUCUUCGUACGCGACUACGACAACACCCGCUAAUAAUCAGGAUACCGUCAACGCAAUACAGACACAGCAACAAAAGGUUGUCCUUCGAGCACCUCCACAACAACAGCACCAAAUGCAACAGACUCAACAACAGAUCCACCACCAUAUCGGCACUCAACAGAAGCAACAGGUUAUUUACAUGAAACCAACGAUCGGACCCGACGGCAAAACUCAGCUUAUGGAGGUAUUCCAGAAUCCGCCUCAACAGACAACGCUGCCAAGUCCGCAAACGACAACAGUGCAGGUAACCCGCUCACCCCAAAAGAUAGCUCCUCGUGUGACGACCACCUUACAGCAGCAAAUAUAUAAACCUCAGACGACGCAGGUUAUAUCGCCGCACCAACAGUUGGUCACAGUACAACAAGCUGCUGUCGGAACAGCGACUCCACAGUUUGUCGUCGUAAAGAGUUCAGCCCAGGGACAACACACGUUUGCUUUACAAGCCCAGCAGCAAGCGGCCCACGAUUCCGAUUACGAAUAUGAAAGGCCAUUGGCCCAUGCAUCGACGAAGAAGCCAUGUAAUUGUACAAAAAGUCAAUGCCUAAAACUUUAUUGCGACUGUUUUGCGAAUGGAGAAUUUUGUCAAAAUUGUAACUGUGUUCAGUGCUACAACAAUCUCAUGCACGAAGAGGAGCGCUCAUUGGCAGUUAAACUUUGCCUCGAAAGGAAUCCCAAUGCUUUUCAUCCCAAAAUCGGCAAAUAUAAGCCGGGUGAUAAGGAACGACGUCAUACAAAGGGAUGCAACUGCAAACGAUCAGGGUGUUUGAAAAAUUACUGCGAAUGUUACGAGGCACGAAUUCUCUGUUCUGCAGUGUGUCGAUGUGUGGGUUGCCACAAUAUCGAAGCGAAUAUGGACGCAGAAACACUGCUAACAAUCAAACAGGAUCUCAAGUACCCACAGCCUAAGUCAAAGCUAGAUGACCUCUUGAAGAGCUUAGCAGGUGUAGGGGAACCAGAAAAGCUACCAACAGCUCGAUCUCCACCACCACCGCCUGAGCUCCAUAUUUCGGCUGAGCUAGUGGAUGCUACAUGCGAAUGUCUAGUUGCUCGGGCGGCUGAGGUCUGUAAGCAGGAGGAUGCGGAAAAGGCGAUCCUUCAAGAAUUCGGGCAUUGCCUUGCCGCUAUUGUUGAUGCAGCCAGCGUACGUGCCACAACCCAACGAAAACAACACGGAACAGCAUCAAAAUAGAGCCAAGUGAAGCCACGGCAACCAUUUGAAGUUCCGAUUACUCCAAAUAUGAUAGGUAUCAUAUUUAAGCUAUCUAGAAAAACGAUACCAUUCCUGAUAACUAUUAUACUGUCAAGGAAGAAGAUGGCAGUUAUCAUAUCAAAAAAAAUUUUCGCGUGACAACAAUGCACAAAAGUAGCUGUUACCGACCUUCGACGAAACAUGUAGAUAAUUGUUUGAAAGAACUACCUUUUUUCUCAUCAAAAUUUGUUUUUUAAUGAUCAACGUUUGCAACGUAAAAAAUAGGAAAUCAUUGUAAUUAUAAAGUACGUAUAAUGAGAGAAAAAUUUUUGUUGAGCGUUGGCAUAUGCUUAUACAGCCAGCUAGCAACAACAUCGCCUUCAUUAUUCGCCGGCAUUCCUUGGACCGAUUUGGUUCUCGAUUCCCUAACGGAAUGAUUGACGAAAAGAUGGCAAUGCUCUGCGAAAGGAGAGCAGAGUAGCAUUCUGUAAAGGGGGUACGUUGAAGGCAAAGGCAAGAAUUUAACGAAUAAUUGUAGUCAGAUUGUGUUAGUUGGAGAAGUUACAUGGAGUGAAUGGAGUAUAUAAUGGAAUAUAUAUAUAUAUAUAUAUAGCAAGAAUAAACGGCCUCGUUGUGGCACACGUCGUGUUGGCAUGGAAAACAUAUAAAUCACACGUGAGGUAGCCAUAUGACAAGAUGAUCACGUGGCGCUUAGGUAGACAACAAGAAAUGUUUUUGUGACUGGAUGUGUAUUUAUUCGUUAUCGAUACAUAUAUAAAGAUAUAUACCAAAUGUGUGAGGUAAUGCCUUUUUUCCUAUUGUAUAGAAUGCGCUGUAAUGUAUGAGAAUUACCUCUCCUUAUUCACACAUAUAAACAUGUAAAAUACAAGUAGAAACAAAUGGCUAAGGCAUUGAGAAUGAGAACAAUUUUAGUCACCUAACCCCUUCAUGAAUCUGUAGUGUUCUAUGAAAUACGCAGAAAAAAUGAUAAACAUAAUUACUAAUGCUAAAAACACUGCUGUAAUUGUCGCUACUUUUAGUUUUUUUAGAUUAAUUUACACGAAUAUGACCAAAUGUAAGUCGUUUUGCGCCAUUCGUGGCCUAUUUAACGCCUAAAGCCAGCUGUACAAACUAUCGUCAAGUCAACGAUAAGAGAACAAAAAGACAUCGGCCAGUGACAGACCUUUGUUUACAGCAAAUCCUUGUAAAUCUAUAGAAGAAAGGCGAUAAAAAAAUUAAACAUGACAAUAUCGAAACAGCGUCCGAUCGCGGUUUGUCGUCAGCUUAUCCUUUACGCCAUGGGCCUAGUUAAAGAUUUGCUACUUUUCAAAAGGCUAACUGGAAGAGAAGUGUAUACGGUUUGGGACAGGGUUUGCAAGCGUGAAUAUAUAAAGCUGCAGCGACUAAUAUCUUGCGCCGAUUAUAACAAUUUGUCACCGCAGCAACAAGGAAAACUGUACAUAUAGCGAAAUUAUAUUGAUUGCUGUUACAACUGUAAUAAUAAUUAUAACAGUGAAUAAAAGUAA